AUGGAUAAGUCAUGGAUGAAGGCUGAUAGAAGAUCACUACAUUUUCAGUUAGGACUUGAAGAAUUUCUGAAAUUUGCAUCGGAUAAUGCAAGGGACAUAAAUAAAAUAUGUUGCCCUUGCUUGAAGUGCCAUAACACUGAUUUUGGUGGUAUAGGGCUGAUUAAGGACCAUAUAUUUUUUAACGGUAUUGAUGUUAGUUAUAAGCAUUGGAAGUGGCAUGGAGAACCAUCUGCUUCUGCCUUGCAUGCUCUUAGAGGGGAUUCUGAAACAGUCGAAAUCAAUCCUGAUUUAGGCAUACAAGCCGAAGCUGUAGGGUUAGAGGGUAGUGAGGAUGAGGAGAUUUCGGAAGACUCGAAUGAGUUUAUGCAGUUUGUAGAAGAUGGAGAUAAGCCUCUAUAUCCUGGUUGUACCAAGACAACCAAGUUGAAUGGUUUGAUACAAACAUUCAAUCUGAAAGCAAAGCACGGCAUGACUGAUGCGUGCUAUUCAGAUAUGUUAAUUAUGAUUGGCCUCUUGCUUCCAGAAGGAAAUGACUUACCAGGGUCUACUUAUGAGGCUAAAAGAACACUUUCCGCAUUGGGGAUGGGGUAUGAAAAGAUUCAUGCUUGUCCAAAUGACUGCAUCUUGUACAGAUUGCAGCAUGCUGAUGCGACCAGUUGUCCAACUUGUGGUGAAUCAAGGUGGAAACUUGGAAAGGACAAAUCUGAGAAAGAAGGGGUUCCGGGGAAGGUAUUAUGGUACUUCCCUCCGAUCCCAAGGUUCAAACGGAUGUUCCAAUCGACAGUGUCAGCUAAGGAGCUAACUUGGCAUGCCAAUGAUCGAAAGAAAGAUGGAAUGAUGAGGCAUCCAGCCGAUUCCCCAACUUGGAAAAUGAUUGACACAAAAUGGCCAGACUUUGGUCUAGAAAAUAGGAACCUUAGAUUAGCGCUUUCAUCAGACGGGUUUAAUCCACAUAGUUCUCUAAGUAGCAAAUACUCAUGUUGGCCUGUUAUACUUAUCACCUAUAACCUUCCUCCAUGGUUAUGCAUGAAGAGGAAGUACAUGAUGUUGACUAUGUUAAUUUCUGGACCCAAACAGCCCGGAAAUGACAUCGACGUCUAUCUAAAGCCAUUAGUGGAUGAUUUGAAAGUGUUGUGGGAUGGGGUUGAGAGAGUAUAUGAUGCUGUAAGAGGAGAGUAUUUUAAACUGAAGGCGAUACUAUUAUGGACAAUUAACGAUUUUCCCGCGUAUGGGAAUUUAUCGGGAAGCAUUGUGAAAGGAUACAAUGCUUGUCCAAUAUGUGUUGAACAGACAAGACCUUAUAGGUUGAAGCACUCUAAAAAAAUGGCUUUCAUGCGGCAUCGACGAUGGCUGCCACGACAUCAUCCUUAUAGAAAGCAAGCUGCUGCUUUCGACAACACCAUAGAGGAGGGUGAAGCUCCUACACCAUUAACUGGAGAGGAGGUGUUGACCAGAGUUCAAGGUCUAAAUCGACCAUUUGGCAAGAAAAACCCUCCUCCCCCUUAUAACGGGCUUGAAGAUGAAAACAGACCUUGCUGGAAAAAAAGGUCUGUUUUCUUCGAACUUGAUUACUGGGAACAUCUUCCGGUAAGACAUAAUCUUGAUGUGAUGCACAUUGAGAAGAAUUGUUGUGAUGCUAUUCUUGGUACGCUGUUGAACAUUUCUGGGAAGACUAAGGAUGGGGCUGCUGCUCGUUUAGACAUGGUCGAAAUGGGUAUACGGACUGAUUUGAAGCCUACAACUGCUGCAAAAAGGGACAAGUUGCCUUUGGGUAGUUGGAACUUGUUCCUAGAUGAGAGAAAGAUUGUUUGCAGUUCCUUUUUCAAUAUGACCGUUCCAGUUCGGUUUUCAUCCAAUGUACGCAAUCUGGUGUCAAUGGAGGAUUUACGACUUGCUGGUCUUAAAUCACAUGAUUGCCAUACUAUAAUGCAACUUCUUCUCCCUGUUGCAUUACGUUCAGUUUUGGAGAAACCAGUUAGGUACGCAAUUAUUCGGUUCUGCCUAUUCUUCAAAGCAAUAUGCAGUAAAGUGAUCGACGUUUCAAAAUUGCAACAAAUGCAAGCAGACCUGGUCGAUACAGUUUGCCUGCUUGAGAAGUUCUUUCCACCAUCAUUUUUUGACAUAAUGAUUCACCUAACUGUCCAUCUUGUUAGGGAAGUCGAGUUAUGUGGUCCGGUAUUUUUUAGAUGGAUGUACCCUUUUGAGAGGUACAUGAAAGUGUUCAAAGGAUAUGUGAGGAAUCGACAAUGGAUUGAAGGGUGCAUUGCAGAGUGUUACAUUGUAGAAGAGGCAGUUGAGUUUUGCUCGGAACGUAUGCUUCCUAGAGAGGGUACCACUGUUGGGAUCCCUUGGAGAACCAAACUUGGGCUCUUAAAUGGCUGCAAGCCUUUAUCAGGCGCCACCAUCAUUAAUGUCGACAGAAAGCUGCUUGACAUGGCCCACCUAUGUGUAUGCACCAACACUGAAGAUGCAAUCCCAUAUUUCAAAGAGCAUAUGGAAUUCCUAAAGUUGAGUUUUCCAAGGUUCAAAAAAAAUAAGAAGUGGUUGAAGGACAAACAGAACCUUACCUUUGCUGGUUGGUUCAAGGAGAGGGUUGCAAAUGAAAUGAGAUUUGCCGAUAAUGAUGUUCCUGAAACCAUUAGGUGGUUGGCUGGUGGACCAAAAAUGGAGGUCCCUACAUUUGCUGGUUACCAUGUGAAUGGGGUUGAUUUUAACACUUCAGAGCGUGACAAAGUACGAUCAGUUCAAAAUAGCGGGGUUUUUUUGGUUGCUGAUGCAAUGCAAGUUGCUAGUGCAAGGGAUAAAAACCCUAAAACUGAUGAUAUGAACUUUUACGGCAGGAUACAACAAAUUUGGGAGGUGGACUACUACAAGUUUAGGAUACCCGUCUUCUUGUGUGAUUGGGUGGAGUCAGCUAGGGGGGUUAAAGUAGACGAACUUGGGUUUACUUUGGUUAAACUUGAUAGGGUAGGGCAUUUAAAUGAUCCGUUUGUCUUAGCUACCCAUGUGAAACAGAUUUUCUACAUACAAGACCCCCUUGAUGAUCAAUGGUCAGUGGUAGUACGGUGCCCGGAAAGAGACUACCAAGGAGGGUGUAAUGAUGAAGAGCUGGAAGAUAUUGAACUGGAACAGCACCCAUUCAUUCCUACAAUGCCAUCGAUUGAGAGCUUUGAUGAUGUAGUUGGUGAUCUGCCUAGCUCCUAUAUUCGAGAUGGCGAUGAAGGAAUAUGGGUUGAGAAUGAGGAUGGUCGACGUGUUUAA